AGCUAGAGAGCUAGCCACGAUGGAAACUCCUUCUCCUUCCUUUGCUCGAGUGCUUCCGUCCCGUGCCAUCCCUCUGUUCCUCCUCCCCUUCCUCCUUGUAGUCAUCUACUUGGUCGUCUUCUCCAACGACUUCAAGCUCCAUGAGGUGUUCGGGUCAUCAGCAUGCAACAACGGCACCACGACGUCGGUCCAGCUUGCCGACGCCUACACCGCGAAGCCGCCCGUUGACCUGCGCGUGUUCCUCGGCGUGGUCACCCGCCCGGACUUUUACGAGCGGCGCGCACUCCUGCGGCUCGCCUACUCCCUCCAGCCGCCGCCCGCCCGCGCGGUCAUCGACGUCCGCUUCGUCUUCUGCAACCUCGACAAGGAGGAGGACCGCGUGCUGGUGGCGCUCGAGAUCAUCGCCCACGAUGACAUCUUGGUGCUCAACUGCACGGAGAACAUGGACGGCGGCAAGACCUACGAGUACUUCUCCACCAUCCCACGGCUGUUCGCCGACGAGCCCUACGACUACGUCGGCAAGACCGACGACGAUACCUACUACCGCCUGGCCGCGCUCGCCGACACGCUGCGGAACAAACCGCGGCACGACCUGUACCACGGGUUCCUGACGCCGUGCCACCAGAACCUCGCGUGGCAGUACAUGUCCGGCAUGGGGUACAUCGUGUCGUGGGACAUCGCGGCGUGGAUCUCGGCGACGGAGGAGCUCCGGAACGACCAUGACGGGUGGGAGGACGCCGUGUUCGCGGGGUGGCUGCGGAAGGGAGGCAGGUUUAAGAACGUGUACGGCGAGGAGCCGAGGAUGUACGACUACUUGGACAGGGAGAUGCCGGACGGUGUGAUAUGCUUCCGGCACGAACUCAUGGCGGACACGGUGGCCGUGCACAAGCUCAAGGACCGCCUCAAGUGGGCGCGCACGCUCAAGUUCUUCAACGCCACCCAGGGGUUCAAGCCUUCCAAGAUGUACCAUGUAGACUUGUACAACUUGUAUCGCGUGUAG